CACUAACGUAAGUAUUUGAGUUACCUUUCCUUAUACUGUAGGAGGUGCACGUUAGGACAAACAACCAUGCCGCAAGGAAAACUGAAGACGAAAGUGCAGAUGCCCGAAGGAACUAAGAAACAAAAAAAGACUCAGAAGAAAUCUGUACUAAGAAAAGGACAUCGAACAAUUGCACCCAAAAAAGCAAAGAUAAUUGAUGCAGUCAAGAUAAAGAAGGGCCUGGAGAAACAGGUGGUGGCCGCCAUAGAACAAGAGGCGGUGGCUCGCGCAGCCAGUACAGAACACAAAAGCCUGCAGAUACUGAAGCCGGUCAAGGCCUCUCUGUCCUCCAAGAAGCAGUCCAAUAAAAAACAGUAAUGUUUCUGUUUUAA